AUGCACUCGCGGGACGGCGACUUCGACUUCGAACUGCAGAGACGUGGAUUUCGAACCACAUAUCGACAAGGGGCACCUCAGAAUGUUCGCUUGUUAACUGUGAACGACGACAGCCGCGGGCCUUUUACCGAUGUCCCAGUAAACUUCAUCGGUCUCCUCCGCUACUCCUCGGCGGAGGAGGGAGCUGAGCGUGGCGCCGGCCUGUCGGGCGCGCGGAUGGUGUCUGGCCGUUGGAACGCAUCUGCUCCAGCGGCGCAGCUGAUGGCGCGAGGGCAGUUCCGGGCGGGCGACUCCGCCCGCGGCGCGUUGGACAGCUGCGCCGGAUUGAGACGGAGUGGAGAUUUAGAAGGAUACUAG